UACCUUUCCUCUCAGACGAAUUUCCUUUCUCCUCUUUCCCCUCGAACCCAUUCUUUGGAUGCGAUACAACUCCUUACAGCCAAGCCAUGAGCGCCGUGGAUGAUGCGUCUUCACCUCGCAACAUGCUUCCAGACGGCCAAGGAGGUGGCGCAGCAAUGGAUCGAGCUACGGCGACCCUGCGAGUCGAGGGCAUGACUUGUGGCGCAUGCGUCGAGUCCAUCGAAUCUAUGUUGCGUAAACAGCCCGGCAUCCUCGACGUCUCCGUUGCUCUCCUUGCUGAGCGAGCUGUCGUCGAUUAUGCGCCUUCUCAAUGGACGGUCGAAAAAAUCGUUGAGGAAGUCGAAGAUGUUGGAUUCGAUGCUAUAGUACUCAGCGAUGUCAAGGUCGAUUCAGCCUCAAAGCAGACAUCAUCGACGCAAGCAGCUGAGCAAGGCGACGCUGCACCAGCCAUCGAGGAGGCGACGCUCUCCGUCUACGGCAUGACCUGCUCCGCCUGCGUAGCCAGCAUCGAGUCUGGAGUCCUCGAGCUGGCUGGUGUCCAGUCAUGCGAAGUAGCUCUAGCGACAGAGCGAGCCAAAGUCCGGUACGACGCCAAGCAGCUGGGCUUACGCGACAUCGUGGAACGCAUAGAGGACGCAGGUUUCGAUGUCGUCCUCGCCGAUGAUCGCGACUCGACGCAGCUUCAGUCGCUCAGUCGGGUCAAGGAGGUCACGCAGUGGCGACAAGCCUUCAUUGCCUCGCUCACUAUGGCCGUACCCGUCUUUCUCAUCAGUAUGGUCCUCCCCAAAUGGUCCGUCACCCGGUCUAUCCUCAUGUGGCAGCCAAUCACACAGCUUUACCUGACCGACGUCCUCUGCUUGGCCCUUACUAUUCCCGUCCAAUUCGGAGUCGGCCGCCGUUUCUAUCGCACGGCAUGGAAGGCUCUCAAGCAUCGCUCGGCAACAAUGGACGUCCUGGUCGUGUUCGGUACCACGGCCUCGUUCACCUACUCCGCCUUCUCCAUGCUCUUUGGCCUCUUUUGCUCCUCAACACCCGAGCACAUGUGCGGAAAGCCGGCAACAUUCUUCGAUACAUCGACCAUGCUCAUCACAUUUGUCUCCUUCGGUCGCUAUCUUGAGAAUGCAGCUAAAGGCAAGACGUCCGAGGCUCUGAGCAGACUCAUCAGCUUGGCGCCUACUGCGGCCGUCAUCUACACCGACGGGGAGAAGUGCUCGGCUGAGAAGCGCGUGCCGGGUGAGCUGGUGCAGAGGGGUGACUACGUCAAGGUUGUUCCCGGUGAUCGCAUCCCCGCAGAUGGUGUCGUUGUGCGCGGCUCCAGCACGGUAGACGAGUCCGUCGUCACCGGAGAGUCUAUGCCUGUCACCAAGCGGGUCGGCUCACCCGUCAUUGGAGGCACGGUCAAUGGUCUCGGCUCCUUCGACUUUUUGGUCCAUCGCGCAGGGAAGGACACCUCCCUCUCGCAAAUUGUGCGACUAGUUUCUGAGGCUCAGACGAGCAAGGCUCCCAUUCAGGCCUUUGCCGACCGGAUAGCGGGCGUCUUCGUGCCUACAGUAAUCGGGCUCGGCUUGCUCACCUUUGUGAGCUGGAUGGCACUCGCUCAUCUGCUUGGGCCAGAUCACCUCCCCCAAGUCUUCAGGGAGGAGCACGCAACCAAAUUUGCGGUCUGCCUCAAGUUGUGCAUCUCCGUCGUGGUGGUGGCUUGCCCCUGCGCACUGGGCUUGGCGACACCCACGGCGGUGAUGGUAGGCACAGGAGUCGGGGCGCAACACGGCAUCCUCAUCAAGGGUGGUGGACCGCUGGAGGCGAGCGUAAAGAUCCGCAAAGUCCUCUUCGAUAAGACCGGCACGCUCACGAGGGGAAAGGUGGCUGUUGUGGGAGUGGCAUGGGCUGGCGGGCCGGUCACGGCGCACGAUGAGGACCUCGAUGCACCUGUGUUGGGCGAUGAAGAUGGGAAUAGGUUGACGCUGAGGCGGCGCGAUGCACUGGAGAUGGUUGGUGCGUUGGAGGGCAAAAGCGAGCAUCCCCUCGGAAACGCUAUUGCGGCUUACGCAAGGCGACGCUGUGGUAUUGCAGAGGGGACGGAGGGCUCCACGGGCCUGGCUGUCGAGUCAUUCCAGAGCAUUACGGGGCAGGGAGUCACUGGCACGGUCAGAAGCAACGCUUCCUCGUCACACCCGCACCACCUAUCGAUCGGGAAUUCUCGUCUAUUCGGCGGGGCCGGUAGCAGCAGCAAGAAGGAGAUGGUCUCGCCCCACCUUCCACCGAGCCUCAGUACCUUUGCCCAAGUCGAGGAGCAUCUCGCCCGUACCCUUGUGUAUGUGACGCUCGACUCGCAAGUCAUACUCGCCCUCUCUCUCGCAGACCAAGUUCGUCCAGAAGCGCGGCGGGCGAUCCGAGCCCUGCACUCCAUGGGCAUCUCCACCGCCUUGGUCACGGGAGACACGGAAGCUACCGCGCGGGCCGUGGCAAGACAGGUCGGGAUAGAUGACGAGCACGACGUGUAUGCGAGCAGGACGCCGCAGGGGAAGAGUGAGCUCAUCCAGGAGCUGAGGCGGGACCUAGCCCUCGACCCAAGGGGGUCGGAAGGGGGGAUAGCAAUGGUGGGAGACGGCAUCAACGACAGCCCCGCUCUCGCCUCUGCAGACUGCGGCAUCGCCCUCUCCUCCGGCUCGGACAUCGCCUUGGAAUCUGCCAGCAUCGUACUGGUGCGCAAUUCCCUCUUAGAUGUGCCAUCCUCUCUCCUGCUCUCCCGCCGGAUCUUCCUCCAGAUCAGGCUCAACUUUGCCUGGGCUACCUGCUAUAAUCUGGUCGCUCUACCGCUGGCCAUGGGUGUCGGCCUGCCCUGGGGCUGGAAGAUGCAUCCCAUGAUGGCGGGAGCAGCUAUGGCUGCUAGUAGUGUUAGUGUUGUGGGCGGGAGCCUGACUUUGAAGUGGUGGAGGAGACCGAGGCAUCUUGAAGGAGGCGCUGAUGGGGAGGACGGCCUUGUGUUGGAGAGCAAGAAGUCGGCGGAGGACGAUGACGAAGACGCUCUCGAUGAGUACGAGGCUGUGGGCGCCACUCGUGGCCGGCCCGGCUCGGCCUUUGUAUGGCUGGACAGCUUGGCGAGUCGUGCCGCGAGCCUCUUUUCGCGACGGGGAGACACACGGCGUGGAUCACUCGCAGGGCCAGCAGCAGCGACACCAACCACUGCGGCGCUUUCCUCGUCGGCUCAGUAUCAGGCUUUGCCCUCCGUCGUCGUCAGCGGGCCGGAGGAGGACGAAGCGUACGAGAUGGCUUGAGACUCGCAGCCGAUUGUUCACUUUACGUGAUAUCCUGACAAUUCCGCUCGAAUCUGUUCUGUAACCGUGCAUUAAUGUAGAGCUUCCACUAUACUGCCAUGUCAUCGCUGCUGGCCUUGGCUUCCCUCUCCCUCGCCUGCGGCUAUCUCCUCAUACCUCCUUCUUCUCGCCCCCCUCGCCUGGUCAAGCAUCGAGCCUUGCAUCAUGCCUAUCCCUGCCACGCCGACAGGUAGUGUAGUCUCCUCAACCCUCCUCGUCGCACCAAUGCCGGCCCUCUCCUCCCCACCAAAACCCAGCACAGCCUCAACAGGCUCUGCCCUACCCUCCUUCUCCCCUUCACCCAAGCCUCGCCCAAUCUCCCAGCCCAUGGCGCGCAACAUUGCAUGACCGACAUUACUGUCG